UAUAAGAGCUACCGGGAGGGGUGAAGCGAAGUGGUUUGAUUGGCUAAAAGCUGAGUCCGAUCGAACAGCCAAUAGGAAAGCGGAAAGCAGACUCUUCGUUUGCAUCUUGUACUACGAGGAAAUGACGGCCUUGGUUCAGAGCCUCCCACGACCUCACGAGUCGGGCGAAGUAGAGACUACAGUUCCCGUGAACCCUCAGGGCACCACGUGGUGCCUGCCGGGUCUGUCGCGUAGCGAGGACUCCAUUUCCCAGCGUGCCUCAGGACGCGAAGUCUGCGUUUCGCCAGGAACGUCAGGAGUUCCGGUCCUGAGUGGGAGCUGCGGUAGAGAAGACUGAGUGCAAGCUGAUGUUGAGUGGGCAGCUGGUCGGAAGCCUGUUCUCCAUGGCUGGCCGCGUCUGUGUGUCCCGGGGCAGCGCCAGAUCAGGGGCCAUCGGUCCCGUCGAGGCCGCCAUUCGCACAAAGUUGGAGCAGGCGCUGAACCCCGAGGUCCUGGAGCUGCGUAAUGAGAGCGGCGGCCACGCGGUCCCACCAGGCAGUGAAACCCAUUUCCGCGUGGCCGUGGUGAGCUCUCGCUUCGAGGGACUGAGCCCCCUGCAACGGCAUCGGCUGGUCCACGCGGCGCUGUCAGACGAGCUGGCUGGGCCGGUCCACGCCCUGGCCAUACAAGCGCGGACCCCCGCCCAGUGGAGGGAGAACCCUCAACUGGACACGAGCCCCCCCUGCCUGGGCGGGAGCAAGAAAACUCGAGGAACUCCCUGAACCCUGAGAGAGAGGGAGGACCGGGAUCCAAACGGGUUGGGUGAGAAUAAACUACUGGGGCCUUCUUCCCUUCAAUACAGUCUGGUAUUUGUUAGAGUUGAGGACCUGGGCCCCAUUCAACCGGCAUAUACAGGUUCUCUGGAGACAGCAAUUCAUUUCACAUCAAGGUCAACCUAAGGAAAGCAUACAAUCACUCACUACUGCUCUUGCCCUGGACUAUUAAGGAAAAGCUGCCCAGUUGUUUCAUGUUAAAUUGUGACUAAGGAACCACCAGACCUUAUGAGUUGCAAGUAAUCCUGUACAUUAAAAGAAAAAUUAUCAUAUGA